AUGGAGGCACUUUUCAAGGAGCUGAACUUCCCAGAAAUACAGAAACGCAUAGAGCAAGAUGAGGCCCAAGUUGAACGAGUCGCCAAAUGGAUAUGCGCGAACAACCUUUACAUAAGUUUACAAAUGUUGGCAAAAUGCAAAGAUGGGGGAAAGACAAAUCUGCACAUGAACGUAAUGGACGAACUGGAUGAAAAAAUUGGCCACCCAAAAAACGAAGAAUUACUCUCUUGCACAAAAAAGUUUGUCUCACUUUUGGACCAAAUUAUUCUCCAUUAUGAAAAACUAAAUGUAGAAACGAAUAAAAAAAUAUUUGAAAUUUAUUCAACCGUAUCGCUAAGAAUUUUGAUUUUUUCCAACCAAGAGUUUAGCCCCUCCAUGCAAAAGUCCUUACUUGCCCUGAUUAGAAAUAUACACAUAAAAAAGCAGCACACUUCCCGCCAUAAAAAUGCCUACGCGUAUAGCCUCUUAAAUUGUCUUCACAAUCUUUAUUUCUUCAUCUACCUACCCGAUUUUAUUUUUCUGCAUUGCUUGCUCAUUUAUUUGUGCUCCAAUGUUAACUGUGAUGGGGGCAGUGCAGUGGGAAAGAAGAAGGAAGACAAAUUAGUAAUUACCACGUUGAGAAAAAUUAGUCAACUCUUUGAAAGUCUCGUUUUUCCCCUGAGCAGCGGCAAAACUGCUCAUGGAGAACCCCCCCUUGAUGAGAGCCUCCCACCAGGACAGGCCCCUCCUCUUCAUAUUCACCGCAUUUCAGAUGCACUCAACAACAUGGACACGAAAAUUAUCUACAAGAGGGGAAGGACCUUCAAGUUAAUGUAUCAAAAUAUUUGCUCCACAUUUGACACCAGUAAGUACCCAGUUAAUGAAAUAGAAUUUCAACAGAAUUACUCCCCAGAAAAUGUAAACGUAAAUAACUUCCUCCUGCUGCUGAAAAUUAUGUCCCCCAGCUUUAUCGCUUGGGUGUCGAAAAAAAAGGAAAAGGAGGAAGAAGCGCAGAAAGGGGGAGCGGUAAAAGGGGGUUCCCCCCCCCGGGGGAUAAUCCCCAUUUCGAGAAAGCCACAAACGCAGAGCUACUCCUUCAGGUACUUGUACAUUAUAGACACCUCGCAAAGUUACCCCUACGCGAAGGAAUCCUUUGACACCAUUUUCUUCUUCCACUUUUUGCUCCACGCACUGCAUAAGAUGGGAAAGCAUAAAUGGGGAAUCCAAGUCGACCAGCUAAUGUCCAGCACUAUUAGCAACUGCCGUGGUCUUCUGGAAAGGAACUACUACUCCCCAGGCCGAUGGACCGACACGAGAAUUCACCACGUUAGAGAAGAAGAUCAGGUGGAACACAUGAAGAAAGAGGGAGAAAAGGAAAAGCGGGAAGGAGGUGCACCUGCGGAGGGAACCACUUUGGUGGACCCACUUCACGGGAAUGAAACCAGGGGUGCUACCAAACUUAGGGAAAACUUGCCACAUCCUGGGGGGGAUAUCCCGAAAAAGGGGGCCCCCCACACGGAAGAACCCCUCACGAAAUUACACAACCUUCACGAACAGGAAAAGACAACUCUCCCGGAUGGUAUCCUCAAGAAUAGGGACAAACUGAUGCUCAAAUUGAAGAGCCUCAUCAUUUGGGGAUACACCCAAGCAGAUGAUGUGGAAGAAUGGAAUUUUCUAAACUUAGCAAAUUGCUUCAUCUUCAAGGAUGACGCUUGGAGUAGGCUCCACCAAAAAGGGAACUACCUACAUGAAUAUUUAUUCAAGAAAAAUAAUUUUUUUACAUAUAGCUACGCCGUUUUUAAAAGCACAUACGAGUGUAAAACGUUGAGUUUUAAGUACAUGGAUUUUUUCUCCUAUUUUGUUGCCCUGCUUGUCCUUAACAUGGUAUCCGCGCUAACGAAAUUUUACCUCAAAAUGGAGGAAUUAUAUAACGAGGAGACGAACAAAACGGAUCCUGAAGAGGAUCCCAACGCGCAAAGUGAACAAGACAACUCUUUGUCCUAUGAAACGAGAGAUUCUUCCUCCAUAGUCGAAGAAGCAAAUCCAAUUGGAAAAAACAAAAUUUAUGUACCCCCCGAAAUGGAUACAGAAAAUGGGGAACCUACAAAGAAAUGUAAUAAAUGUGGAAGAUCAGAUAUAUUUGAAAUUUCUCUUAACGAACUCAGCCAAGAUGUUAUCAAUGGACACCUCCCAUUUACUCCUCCACAAACGAGUGAAAAGGUUGAAACUCUUUUUAACGAUUUUGUUUUUAUCUGCUUCAAAUUGAUUAGCUAUCCUUCUGAUGAUGUGCAGGCGAAAUGCCUGUCAGUUCUCUCUCGUCUUACGCCGAACAUCAGCAAGGUAAGCGAUUUGUAUAUAAAAUAUAUGAACAGAAAAAUAGAGAAAUUAUUUGCCCUUAUUGAUGGAGGGGAAAACGAUUAUGAUUACACAGAUAAGGGGUGCUACUGCUGGAAGAACCAAGUGGUCGAAAACUACGUUCAUCUGAAAUGCAAACUGGACAAAAAGAUAAACAUCAAUUUGAUAAAAUCGUUGCAAAAGUUGAUAAAUGUCUGUAUCUUCAAAAAUUACAAUAAAGAUAUAUGUGUAAUAGUUUGUAAAAAUAUCAUUACGUGCUUUUAUUACCAUCCAUUAUUAUUCCCAUUCCUGUUACACAAAUAUAUGAACGUACUUUUCUACCUCAUGGAGACGAACGAUGUAGACGUGGUGGCAGAUUCGUUGAGGUGUCUUUACCUACUAUUCCAGAUAAACUCCGACGACGUUAAAAUAUACUGCCACGAUAUUGUCUACAGAUUGCAUCUGCUCUUCAAUAUUUUCAACCAAUCGGACUUAACUGAUUUGAGGAAGGAAGAAGCCAUCCAAUUGGACACCCCUCUAAAGAACACUGCUGAAGAAGACAUCUCCACCAGUGUCACUUAUUUUUUAAAAAAGUUUUAUUUUCAAAUUAAACACGUAGAUAGGGCCAGCUCAGAAAUUUUGAUGCUCAUGAAACUUAUCCUGCGCUGUAUAUAUAUUACAAUUUCUGCCACCGAAUAUUAUCAGCUCAUUCGUAUAUUUUCGGACGACCCCCUGGAAUAUGACAAAUAUGCGAAAGGCUUCCACAUUUUUGCAACUUUUUAG